AUGGAGCACAUCAGUGGGUCAAGUGUUGGCUGGUACAACUGGGAGUUGGUGAAUAAUAAAGUGCAGCUCGAUCUGAUGAGCGCAGAUGUCGCCCAUCACAUAAAUCAGCAAGUGCAGGCAACUUACAGCACCCCCCAGAAUGCGUCUGUCCAGCUCUCUGUGCCUCAGACUCCGAGAGCUCUCCCAAACGUCAACGGUGACAAUUCUGGCGUCGUCGUUUCGAAAACGCUGCCGCAGAAAUCUCCGAGGUUGCGUCACCCGCACGGUGAACGGGUGGCCUGCUCUGUCUGUGGCAAGACGUACGCCUGCAAUGCAAACCUCCGGGAUCACAUGCGCAUACACACAGGGGAAAGGCCUUUCAACUGCGAUGAGUGUGGCAUGACGUUUACUCAGAGAUCAAAUCUCAGGAUGCAUAAGCGUGUUCAUACAGGGGAGAGGCCUUACAUGUGUGGUGUCUGUGGGAAAACCUUCUCGAGGUCGUCGCAUCUCCCCGGGCACAUGCGCCAGCACACGGGGGAAAAACCGUACACGUGUAGCGUUUGCGGCCAGACGUUUACGACGAGCCAGAGUAUGAAAAAUCACAAGCGAAUCCACACGGGAGAAAAGCCGUACAUCUGUGAGGUGUGCGAUGCAGCCUUUACUCAGAGCUCCACGCUCUCAACGCACAAGAAGUCCCACACCGGAGAGAAGCCUUUCAAAUGCGACAUUUGUAACAAACGUUUUAUCUUUAAGUCUGGGUUGAACGAACACAUGAUCGUGCACAGUAGAGACAAGUCCUUUCAGUGUGACCAGUGUCAUAAGAAAUUCAAAUACUCAAAUUAUUUGUCAAAACACAAAAAAAAAUACUGUGGGAAUGAUGGGUAUCGUAAACGCUGGCAGAAGCCGGUAAUUAAAAAGCAGUGCGGACAAAAGGUUGGCACCCUACGGAAACUCUCUGUGGCCUCAAAGGCAUUUGUGUCUCAGACGUUAAAUCAUUCGCCAGAGGAUGAUUUCGACUUGGAUAUGUAUGUGACUGAAGAGGAAGAACAGGAGAGGCAAAAAGUGAGCAGAAGUCGUGAAGCAGCGUUCGAAAUGAAAAAAGAAAAGCCAGCCGUCCACUUAGAGGAUGACGGAGACUGGAAGAAGGCCUGGAUAAAACAGGGUUAUAAGUAG